CAAAGAAAACCUAAUUCUUGAACCCUGGUAAAUCAUUCUUGGUCAUCAAAUGAGUUCUUUUUUUUGCUAGAAUUUGGUGCAUUAAAUUAAAUGUGGAGGUCAUCAAAUGAGUUGUUUGUGAGAAGUAUGAACCUCAAAAGACAUGACAUAUAAUAUCAGAAAAACCUCACGUUCCCACAAUAAAUUUCAUGCAGAAGAAGCCAGGCUAUAGUUUAGAAUGGCCCUCAUUCUUAUCUCAAACCAGCUUAGCCCGUCCCGGGUCUAGUGAUAUAUCACUUCGGUCUGAUCCAAAUACUCUCUUUUUUUUUAUCUUUUUCAUGACUGAAACUUAAAAUGCAUGAGAAAACACGCAGAGGAGUUAAUAUACAAAAGAUGUUACUCUGUUCUAAGGAGCAUGGUGGUGAUAUGUUUAGUUUUACGGCUCAAAGACUAACGAUCCUCAGUUACAAAAAAAAAAAAAAAAGACUAACGAUCCAAACUGUUUUGAAAUUAGAAUCAAUAAUAAAACAUUGAAAACUGAAGUAUAAACAAACAAUAUAUAGUUUCGUAAAUAGACUUGAGAGGAUAAGUCUGAAAGUAAAACUAACUUUUAUUCCAACGUCAAACGAGUUUAACUUCAGAUUAUGUACUUGUACACCUAAAAAUAACAUACCAUAAGCGCAUCUGCAAAAGUUAUGUGUAAGAAGGAAUGAUUGUUCUUCUCUUACUCAGCUAUUUUCGGGGGGAUGAAUCUGAAUCAUAAUGAAUAAGUACUCUGUUCUGGCUCUGUUCUGUGUCCCAAUCAUAUUGGACCCUGCAAAUAUUGACACUUCUUUAUGAAUGUACACUUGCACUCCACUCAAAAUAACCGUUUCACCCGAAUCCCUAGAUAUUAAAGACCAGACAUACAUACACAGAUAGCUUAUUAAUAUUAUCAUAAGUACAAUUCAACAAUGUUGAUCAUAAUCAAUUUUCAGAUGCUCAUCACCCUUUGAGGUUAUAUUCAAAUAUGAAUUAGAUAUUGCAUUUGUACAAAUGACUUAACCCAAACUACACAAUUUUCAUACUAACAUAGUAACAUAUAUAAAUAUAUUGUAUUGUAACAAAGUCACUUAAACUAGAGCGUAGAUCAGAUCUUGUAUACUAUCUUUCUAAUGAAGACAAUCCUUGAAUCAUAAAUUUAGGAUCACACUUCGUCCAAGAAAAUUUUAAACCCAUCCCUCUUCUUCAUACCUCUUAUCUUCACACUAUUCUUCCUUUUGUGGGGUCUAAGCCUCCAUGCAUGAAAUCAGUUACAACUCUGAUCCCAAUGUGAAAAAAUAACAUAUCAUAAUCGCAACUGUAAUAAUGCAGUGCACGUUUGAACGAUUUUUCAGUUUGAUGAGCAAAUAUAACGGAACCGCACGAGUGAAAACAAAAUGGCAAACUAUUAUCAUAAUCUAAACCCCUCGUGAUGUAUUUUAUCAAAUAAAAAACUUGCCCAUCUCAUAACAAAAACAUCACAUUUAAUAUCUCUAUGGACCAUGGAUUCUUUACUAUCUAAGCUCUACAAUCGAUCAUCUAUAUAUACACAUGUUCUUCAGCAUUGUACUUCUCAUCACCUCACAAUCUCUUUCCCUACUCAUCCUUCUCAUUUGAUCUAUCUCCUUCUAUAUUCUUAAAAAAAAAUGAAGAACAAGUUCAUAAAAGCAUGUGAAAACAAACUGAAAACCAUGAAGAGCAAAUCCAUAGUCAUACCUUGUACUUCAUCUUUCUGUGAGAGUUGUUGCGAGAAGGUUGCUUGGGGGUUCAAGAAGGAAAAUGAAGCUAUACCUAAAGAUGUUCCAAGAGGACAUUUGGUAGUGUAUGUGGGUGAUGAUCACAAGAGGUUUGUGAUAAAGAUGAGUUUGCUUAAACAUCCAAUCUUCAAGGCAUUGCUUGAUCAAGCUCAAGAUGCUUAUGAUUUCAGUUCUGACUCAUCAAGAUUAUGGAUUCCAUGCGAUGAAAACACUUUCCUCGAUGUCGUCCGUUGCAGUGGCGCUCCUCAGCAUCAACGGAAAUGCAUUGGCAUGUACAUGUAAGAGUGAAGAUAUUUUCAUUUGGUUUUUGGUUUUUCAUCUGUGGAUCUAUGUUUCCAGAGAGAACUAAUGUUGAUUUAGAUAAUGGUGUACACUUCCUCACUAAGUAUGAUUAAUAAUAUUGUUAAGCAUAAGCAAGAGUCACUGAAAAAGAAAACAUCUACAAAUGUUGCAACAUUUAAAUUUUGACAAAGAUUGUUUUUUUUUUCUCUCGCACCAUUUCAAGACGAGACAUAAAGCAAAACGUUUCAGACAUGGUUGCCUCUGUUCUGUAUCAUAUAAACGACCAGGACCAAGUACAUUUUGAAGCUAGACAACAAAUAAGAAGUACUGAUCAAACUCUUUUGUCAACUCUGUCGAAUCCACAAAUAGUUACACGUGAUUUUCAUAUAUAUCAUACAAAGUGACACCAUUCACAUUACAAUUACUCACUGAUAAAACACUCAAUUCAAACAUAAUAAAAAAGUAAAAGCAACAAAACAAAAACAGAGCAAAA